AUGAACAAAAUGAAAAGGAAAAAUUAGCUGCCAAGUUUGGAGCUGUUUCUUUGAAAGAUGAAUACAUUUAUAUGAAGGAAUUGGAAAAACUUGGAAUCGCGAUCCAAGCAAAGUAUGGUUAUUAUGAUAGUUUUUCAAAAAGACAUAUUUUAUUUAUGGAAUGGAUAAAGGGAGGAACUUUGUAUGAUCUUGUAUAUAAAAAUCAAGCGCGUUUAAAUUAUAAAAAAGCAAAACUUCUUUUAUUAGAAUUGGUAUCUUGUGUUCAUAAAUUACACAUGGCGGGAUUAAUACAUAGAGAUUUAAAAGCCGAAAAUAUUUUUGUUGUGCGUAAAACUCCUUUAAAACUGAAGUUGGGGGAUUUUGGUUUAUGUCGUAAUAUAUCUAAAAGUCCUAGUACCAAUCAUUGUGGUACUUUAAAUCACUAUGCACCAGAACUUUUUAAUAAAAAAACACGUACAGAAAAACAAAUUAUAGCUGCAGAUUGGUGGGCAAUAGGUUGCGUCCUAUUUUUUUGUAUUACUGGUGGUGAUUACAUGUUUAACCCUAAAGAAAAUUUUGAAGAACAAAAAAAGCAUACCAAAGAGAAGUUAUUAGAAAUCCAAAAUGGCAAAAACGAUUAUUUAAAUUCAAUUGAUCACAGAAUGAGGGAAGUCUUCUUUGUCUUGUUCGAAGAAGAUAUGUCUAAGAGAACAUAUGAAAAGUUGCAGGUAAUCAAUUUUAUAAAAUAUUUUUAAUAUACUGUACUUGUAUUUUGUUAAAUAUUAAUUUAAAAGUCUUUUAAAUGUUUAGGAAUGUAUUUUGUUUCAGGAGAAAUAAAUUUAGUGUAGUUAUUAUCCUUUCAAGUUAAAGUAGCCUUUAAUGGUCUUUGUGAUUUAUAAUAAG